UUUGAUCAAGUUAUUUUAAACAGCUCUACAGUACUAUACGUUCUUGGCUGCGAAGAAUGAGCGAGAAAACAAACCAGAUUAUCUCCUGUGAAGUGUGUGCUGAGCAAUUCACACAUAAUGAAGGUUAUGUACCGAGAGUACUACCAUGCGGUCACACGUUUUGCGAGAGUUGCAUAGAGAAACUAAAGACAAUUAAAAGACAUAAACAAGACCAUGGCAGACGACUUGUCACAUUUGAUUACAGCGUUUCUUGUCCGCGAUGCAUGAACGAGACGGUGUUGAACAAAUGCAGCAGUACUCUGCCCAAGAACUACAGCUAUCUUGACCUCAUUGAAGACGUGUUGGAAAAGCAGAAAGACAUUUGUCCACACCACCCAGACUAUGUGCUUGAUAUGUUUUGCCACGACGAUGCUGAAGCAAUUUGCUUAAAUUGUGCGAUUUAUGGGCAGCACAAGACACAUUCUUUCUCGAGGUUGUCAGAAUUUUGUGAUCAUCAGAAAACGAGUCUGAAAUAUCAACUGAACUGCGCUGAAAGUUUGAUACGAGACUGUAAUAGUCUUCGGGAAGAGGUCGAGGCAAAAAAAGAGAAACUCGCAGCGAAAUUUGACAAAAUGCGAGAUCAUAUCACGUCCAUUCUUUAUUCUAUUAAAUGUGAAGUGAAGAAAACGCUUGAUGAAAAGUUAGAAAGUGUGUUAAAUGCUUUAGAACGGUGGUCAAAGACUCAAAUGACUCUUUUGGAUGAGAAUUUAAUCCAGUUAAAUGUUCAUGAACUGGAGGUUUUAAAAGACAAGGCAAACUCUCUCCUUGAGAAUGCAAGCGAGUGUGAAAUUGCGAAAGAAACCCAACUCCCUAAUGACAUACAAGCAUCUCUCGAAGACGUUCAAACUAGAAAACUUUAUACAGGGCAUAAUUAUGAAUUAAAGAUAGAUUCCUGGGAGCAUAUUCUAGAGACAAUGAAAGAUUUAGUUAAUGCAUGGAACUGUCAAGUUAAAGAGAAGGAAACGUUGUCUACCGAGGUUAUCCCGUCUAUAUUAGAGAAGCACUCUCCAAGCAUUGAGAGCAGUGUGUGUGCCCUCUUUAGUGAGAAUGAAGCAGUUGCAAAUGAAAUUCCUGACUGCCCUUUUGAAGGGAUCGAUUUUACAUGUGAAAAUCCGGAAUUCUGAUGAUAUCGUGUUAACUAGUUAUAAACAAUAAAAUCCUAGAUUCUGUGAUGUUACAAUACCCAUAAACUGGGACAAAAAGAAUACAACUGUAAGGUAUAAAGUAUCACUGGCAAUAUUGUACAUAAAUAUAUUAAUUAUUGUUGAUUGUACAUAAAUAUAUUAAAGAAUACAACUGUAAGGUACAAGGACGGUAUCACUGGCAAUAUUGUACAUAAAUAUAUUAUUUUUUUGUUUUAAAUUUAUCAUAUCAUACAGUAUAAUAAUUACAGUAAUCAAGCGUCAUUCAAUCCGAUCAUUAGGGACCUUAAGCAGACAGGACGGUAACGCGACGACGACGGCUAUUCACACAAUGAUAUUCCUGAUCUCGUACAAAAGAAAUGAAUAAUUAAAAGCCCCACGGGAGUUAGAGACGUGGUGUUAGGGCUUUUUACAACGGCAAAACAGAGAUUUUCACGUCUCGUGUACAACGCAAACAUGUCAAGACGCGACAAGUGAAACUACAAAUUUGCUCAGCAGAAGCGUUUUUAACCAUAAAGCCUUUGUUUUAAUUUCUUCCAACUGAACUCAAUUCAUAUAUACAUGCAGUGGACAAAACAUAACAACACUUCUUCGCAAUGAUUUAUUUAAAGAAUUUUGUUUUGGCUGUCGUCGUCGUGUUACCGUCGUGCAUGCUUAAGGUCCCUACUGCAAAAAAAUUUGACUCAAAAACUUGACUUGAGUAAAAUUACUUAAAUACAUAACUUCAUAAGCAAAUUUAAGAAAGCUUUGGAUUGAUAGGGAACAACUACCUGAAAACACAAGGAGAUCGUUGUAUUUUUCAGGUAGUUGUAUCCCUAUCCAUCCGAAGCAGUUUCUUAUUAUUGCCACUACCUACACUGGCACAGACCUUUCAAGAUAAGCAAAUUUACUCAUUUUUGGAAUAAAAUAAAUCUUUACUCAACAAACGUACUCCAAAAUAUCGAGUCAUUGUGGGUGCAUUAUUUUACUCAAGUUUUUGGGACAAAAUACUCAGAGAUUUUUUGCAGGGUCCACUUUUGUAGGUAUGGAAAUUUAAUUUUCAAACAAAUAAAUAAUUAUUGGUGAGGUGCUUGCAUUGUUUCCAGAUUCGAAUGCAAAAAAUAUUAUAUUGUAAUACGUUAAAUACGUUUUAAGAAUACAUGUGAACAUAUUGACACCUGAUAUUGACAUUUGUACAGCCGCCCCCUAAUUUUCCCGCCCGCAAGUCCUCCCCCAAAAAACAGGCUGCUA